GCAGGCCAAAGGACCUAAAGGCAGACCAGCGCCCCCACAGACAGGCCAGUGCCACCAUAGACAAGCCAGGGCCCCACAGGCAGGCCAUCGCCCCCACAGGCAGGCCAGCGCCCCCACAGGCAGAACAGCGCCUCCACAGGCAGAACAGCCCCCACAGACAGGCCAGUGCCCCCACAGGCAGGCCAGCGCCCCCACAGGCAGAACAGCGCCCCACAGGCAGACCAGCGCCCCCACACAGGCCAGUGCCACCACAGACAAGCCAGGGCCCCCACAGGCAAGCCAGCGCCCCCACAGGCAGGCCAGCGCCCCCACAGGCAGAACAGCGCCCCCACAGGCAGAACAGCUCCCUCACAGACAGGCCAGUGCCACCACAGACAAGCCAGGGCCCCCACAGGCAGGCCAGCGCCCCCACAGGCAGAACAGCGCCCCACAGGCAGAACAGCGCCCCCACAGACAGGCCAGUGCCACCACGGAGAAGCCAGGGCCCCUCAUAGGCAGGCCAGCGUCCCCACAGACGCCAGCCCCCCACAGGCAACCCAGCGCCCCCACAGACUAG